GUCAGCUUUUGCACACACAUCUCUAUUAUUUGCAAGAAAUAAUACAAAAAGCAGUGUAAAUAAGCAAGCUGUUCUCAGCGCCUAUUACGUCUUUCGUUUUCGGCUUAGAUGCAAGCUGUUUAGCAACGAUGGAUCUGGUGGACAUCGAUCAGGUCCUGGACAAUCUGGAAGCUGAGCUUAAAGCGGAUGAGCAGCUGACUAAAAAUGCAGCAAGCGUAACCUUAAAUUGCAAAUCACGCGAUGAGGCACGCCCGUUGGGCGAUGGAAGUGCUGGCGCGGGCGCCGCUGCCAAAAGCUUUGUGGGCGUCUCGCAAGUGUUUAACAGUCUCAACGAUUAUCGCAACAAUGUGAAAUCGCUGGAGACACACGAGAGCUUCGACUGGAGUGCAGAGCAGCCGCAAGAACAACAGUUAGAGCAGGAGGAGCAGGAUGAGGAUGAGGAAACACAUGAGGAUUUAAAUAAAUUUAGUGAAGCCAAGGAAAAACAAAAUAAGCAAGCGGAUGAAACAACUAUAUCCAGCACGGAAUCGUUGACUACAUCCUCAUGCUCUACGUUCUCGUCGGGUCCCUCGCCAGGUAACUCUGAGGAGCAAGCGCUCGAGAGUGCGCUAGAGCUGCUGGCAGAGGAGCAGCCCGAAGAGCAGCAAGCUGCCAACGCUCAGCCGCAGGAUUCAGUGGGCGUGGAUGACUUGGCUGUGGGUCUAUCGUCUAUAUCCAUAACGCAAACAUCGCAGUCUAUGCAUCCCUGUGAAGUAACAGCCUCCUCGGCACUGGGCAAGGUGCUCAACGAGCUUUCCGAGGAGUCCAGCACAGAGCUGGAGCCGCAAAGUCAACCAGUGGCGGCUGCUGUGGACAAUAAGGAUAAACUGCCAGAGCCUGCGCCGACGUUGCCUGCUGAGUCCAAACCGCAGGCGGAUGAGCUGCCCAAGCGCAGUCAGCCAAUAACCUUCUGCUCCACAAUGGACGAAAUUUCGGACACUGAGCUGGACAGCAUGUUGCAGGAGGUGGAGGUAGAUAUAGAUAUAGAAGAAGAAGAGGUUGUAGCUAUGCCCACGCAAGGCAUGUUAGAGGAGGAGGAAGAUGACGAUGGCACCACCGCUUCGCCAGCUACCGAAGAGGAAUCUGUGCGCAUUUUGUCCGAUCAGGAAACCAACUCGGCGGAUCAGAACAAUGUGGAUAACUUUUCACAAGCAUCGACAGUGGAGUUUGCCGAGUUGCGUGUGCAGCAGCAGGAAGCGGAGCAGCAGCCAGCUAAGCCUGUAGACACUGAGGAGCUGGGCACAUCGUUUAGCAGCAGCGGCAGUGAGACGGAUUCGCUAUCCGGACGCAAGCUGGAGGAAGAGCAAGAAGCAGAGGCACAGGAAGCGGUAGCCGUUGAAGCUUUGGAGUCGCGACCACAGCGUCCACAAAGCUUGCAGCUUAACGGUGGCUAUGUGGAGGAAGACGCAGAGCAGCAGCAGCAGGCGAUGGAGCAGUCAGAGCAAGAAUGUUCUUGCAGUCCGCAAGCAGCUGCUGAGGAAGAUGAUGAUAGUCCCAUUUAUGAAGCUGUGGGCUAUGGCGAUCCGCAUGCCAAUCUGGGCAAAGUGCCGCCCAUCUGGGUGCCCGACAAUAUGGCCGGACAGUGCAUGCAAUGCCAGCAAAAGUUUACCAUGAUCAAGCGACGUCAUCACUGCCGCGCCUGUGGCAAAGUGCUCUGCUCUGUGUGCUGCUCGCAGCGCUUUCAUUUGCCCUUUGCCAAUGAGCCGGAGUCGCGCGUUUGCGUGCAGUGCUUCAUGAUUCUAACGGAGCGUCAGACCAACGGAGGCGUUGCAACUGUUUAUGCUGGCGCAGCACCCGCAGCGCUGCCGCCCACACCCAUGCGCUCGCCCAAUCCCAACAAUCCCAUGGAAUAUUGCUCAACCAUACCGCCGCACUGUCAGGUGAGCACUGGCGCUGGCGCACCACCGCCGAGCGUGAUUGUGCCCGUGGGUGUGCUUAAGAAAACCGACGGCAGCAGCUCCAAUUCCAGCAGCUCGGAUGGCAAGCAGCGGCGCAAGCGCAAGAGCGUCAUGUUCAGCGAUGGCAUUGCGCCGGGCAGCGAACUGGCCAGCACCAUGGAGCAGCAGUGGGGCGAGGCCAAGCAGGCGCGUCGUGGCGUGCAGCGCAGCAACAGUGGCGCCCAACAGAAGCCACCCACGCCGGGCGCCACCAGCACAUCCAGCAGCAGCAGCAGUAUUGACAGUAGCACCGCCCUGGGUCUGGUGGCGCAGCUCUUUCGCGGCUCCAUACCGCCCAGCGCAGCAGCGGCAACGCUGACAGCUGCCACCAAAGGCAUAGAGAGCAACGAGAGCGCAAAUCGCAAAGCAGCGCAAAUUUCACCGCGUCGCAAGCUGCCGCCCAGCGAUGCUCAUGGCUGCUUUAUACCCUUUGAGGAGCACGCAUUGCCACCGAUUUGUGUGGCAAGUCGCGAGGGCAGCAACUGUGAUGUGGACUACAAGAUGGUGCGCAAUGAUGCGGAUUUGCUCGAACGUCUGCAGCAUGAAACGCUCAAGUUUAUGCUGAAGAACAAUUUCUAUGUGCUGGUCAAGGUGCUCAAUAUGAGCUGCUGCAUGAAUCGUUGGGUGCUUAACUUCACCACCUGUGGCAUGCAUCAUGUGGGCAACGAUGAGCUGAUUAUAUUGCUGGAGAUAGCACAGCCGCCGACAAAUAAUGGCGCAGCGCCAGUGCCGCGUGAUAUAUUCCAGCAUUUGUAUGAGAUUUAUGCGGAGACGGAGCAUGCGCAUGCGGGCACACAGGAGCUAUCGUUUACCAGUCCACGCAAUCCGAACUUCUUGGGCUCGCGUGAGCAUGGCGGCUUUAUUUAUAUUCGGCCCACCUAUCAGUGUUUGCAGGGCGUUAUAUUGCCGGAUAAUCCUUAUCUAGUGGGCGUGCUUAUACAUCGCCAUGAAGUGCCCUGGGCCAAGGUGUUGCCGCUGCGUCUUAUACUGCGCUUGGGCGCACAAUACCGUUACUAUCCCUGUCCGCUCAUCUCGGUGCGCAGUCGUGAAUCGGUCUAUGGCGAAAUAGCGCAAACUAUUAUCAAUUUUCUGGUUGAUUUUCGCAAUUAUACAUACUCCUUGCCCGCCAUACGUGGUCUCUACAUACACAUGGAGGAUCGCCAGACGACAGUGACAAUACCACGUUAUCGCCAGCACGAUGUGAUCAAGGCGAUCAACAAUGCCACAGAUCAUAUUUUGGCAUUUGCGGGCAACUUUUCCAAACUAGCCGAUGGGCAUUUGGUUUGCAUGCAAAAUGUUAACGACGAUCGCGCUGAAAUGUUUGCCUAUUCCACGCAGGCAAUAAAUAUACAAGGACAGCCACGCAAAAUAACUGGCGCCAGCUUCUUUGUGCUCAACGAAUCGCUGAAGAGCAGCAGCGGACUGUCCGGCAAGUGCAGCAUUGUUGAAGACGGUCUCAUGGUGCAGGUAAUGCCCGCCAAAAUGGAGGAAGUGCGUCAAGCGCUGCGCAAUCAAACAGACAUUGAUAUAGUCUGCGGUCCCAUUGCGGCCAGCGAUGAGCAAAGCGAAACUGUCAGCAUUAAAUGGGUGGAUGCCGAGCGUGACAUCAAUGUGGGCGUCAAAUCCUGCAUAGAUGAGCGUGCUAUGGAUGGCGUGGGCAACAUGCGCGUGCACACGAGCUUCAAUUUUUCCAAUACAAACUACACAAUACGGCUCAGCGAUAUAUUUAUUAUUAAGAGCGCGGAUUGGUAUGCAACCAAUGGCAAUAACUAUGGCGACAUAACGCGCAUUGCUGAGCAGCUGGCCAGAAGCGCUUCGAUGGCUUUACUGCCUUAUCUUGAUCUUUUAGCUGCCGCUGGCAUUAAUAAGCUUUCACUGCGCGCUACGCUGGAUCAGGAGAAUGUUUGCUAUGAAGCUGGCGCACGUGGCUCGAAGCUUGCGCCGCUUUAUAUGAACGCCUUGGAUAAUCAUUUAAUACCAACGCUGCAUAGCGAAUCGUCAGGCAUACAGGAUUCCAUUAUAUUGGAACUGGUUUUCUAUAUACUAAAUGCCUAAAACUUAACCUUUGUGUCUUAGUGCAAUUACUGUAGCUAUAUAGCCCGCGCCCCCCUCUAUACUUUUUCUAAACACGUCUAGACAUGUAAGACCAUAAAAAGUGAUGUAGUGUUUUCGUUACGCAUUCGCACCAUUGGCUGCUGGCUGCAGCUUUACUGUAUAUAAAAUAACGGUGUUUUUUGUUUUUUAAUUUUCAAAUUGAUU